AUGAAGGAGGAUUUGAUAACAUCGGCUGUAUCAUUCCUAUCGUCUGCUAACGUAAAGGCAGCAGACAGAGACAAGAAGAUAGAGUUUCUUAAAAAGAAAGGACUCGAUGACCAAGAGAUUGAAGAAGCUUUCAAGCGAGUGGAAGCAGCAAUGACAACGCAAAACCAAUCAACAGCCAUGCAUGCUCCACAGCUACCUCCUAGGAUUUCAUAUGUUCCAACCCAAGUGGUGUAUUAUCCACCAGCACCUGUACUACGCAUGUCAAACAGAGACAUUGUGCGCCAUGUAUUGGCGCUAGGCAUGGGUUCAUUUGCGAUAACAGCUGCAUUGGUGUUGAUGAUCAAGAGAUUCAUGUUAAAAGUGUUUACUAAGAUCGCGGCAUAUCAGCGUGAUAUAUACCAGCAACACACUCAGCUAUUGCACCGCAUGGAAUCCACGCUAACGCAUUAUUCCACUGCCACCAAUGACCUGCAAGUAGCGCAAGAGAAAUUGGAUAGCUCACUCAACUGUCUACUGCAAUCUACUCGAGAAUUAAAGCAGCAAGAUCAAGGACCUUACAAAUCAUUGCGAUCCGCCAUGGAACGAUUCACAAACUCACUCUCGCAUAAUCCGCUCGUGACGAGUACAGCUGCCCGUCAUCAGUUCAAUUAUCAAAGUGGAUUUGCAUCGUCCUACGCAGACCGCUACCAAGUGGAUACGAACCAUAGUCUGACAGUGCAGGGUAUCAAGAGCGAGAUCCGCGGUGUCAAGGGAAUGCUGUUGAGCCGAAGAAAUUUCCCCAUUGUGAAUACAGCAGCCCCCUCCCCACUCAUCGCGCAAGGGUUUGUGCCUCCUGCGCCCACCAUCCCAACUCAAUCCACCUACCAUCCUAGAAGAGGAAGAUCUUUUCGAAACCAAACAAGCACAACCGUAGAAGAUGCAUCGCCCUGA